AGCUGUCCGCUGAGCAAAGUUUCACUGAGCGCGGCGGUCUCCGUGGGGCGCCAGGGACCCAGGAGUGAGGACACUGACCAGGCCCUGCCCUGCCCGUCUCUGCAGGAGACCAUGUGUAAACAUGACAGCAGCCUCGAGAGGGGCUGUGGGAGCGCAGAGGUGGUUAAGAACCAACCAGCGUUACCACUGAACCGGGACAGGAUGCUCCUAGCCAGUUGACGCUGCGUGCAGGUGGUGGGGGAGGGUGUGAAGGCUGAGUCGGUGCUCCCGUUCAUUCAUUUCUUAACUGGACAAAUGUAUGCGGGUGUACUGUGGGCGACGGGCACUGUGCUGUGCCUAGGGAAGUCCCUGUCCUUGGGACAAGUGGCACAUUGCAGUUCAUUGUGGAGGAAAUACAGGGUGCUGUGGGGUGAACAGUAAAGGACUUCUGUCAGGGAAGGGGAGGUGAUGGUUGAGCUGAGCUCAGAAUUAUUACUAAGAAUGAGCUUUGGGAAGGGGGUGCUGGUGUGUUGAGCAGAAGGAAUGGUGGGGACAAGGCCUCAGAGGUGGUGUUAGGGGACUGAAAGGCCACGGUGGCUGGAGGACAGACAAGCAGAACGUGGGAUGUAUGGCCAUGAAAUGUGGCUUGUAGGCCUUGUAGGCUGUGAUGAGUUUGGUCUACUGAGGUUGGGAAGGCCUGCAGGAAUCUAGAUCUGUAGGGAUUUUAAACAAAGGAACAGUAAGAUUAGCAAUGUGUUCUAGAAAGCUCUCUCUGGCUGUCGUGUGAGACUUAGGCCCAACUGAGUCUUUGGAGGUUAAGUUCAGACUGGAAGUGGCUACAGUGACUAAAGUGAGAAACAAGAAAGCACGGUCACGUGGAGCUUGUCAGGCACUGACAUUCAGCAGAGAGACUUGGACAGAAGGCUUGAACUGCGCCUAGAAGUUGAGCCCAUGCAGGAAGCAGCAGGAUUUGGACCAGACUUGAGUUGCUUCCUACUGGCAUGCUUACUGAGUGACCCAGACAAUUCCUUCAUCUCUCUAGCUCCCUUUCCCCGGCGUGAAUGAUAGCUUCCUUCUAUCCAGCUUCCUUUCUCCAUAGAGUGAGUGAUAACUCCUCUUACAGGGGUGAAAGAGACUCGACAAAGAUUUCCAUAAGGAGCUGCUCUGGUAGUCCAGUCCAUCCCCUGUUCAGAGCCUUCCCUGGCUCCCCAGUUACUUCUUACCUGGGUAUUCCUAGCCCUCAUGACUUGACCCCCAGUUAAUCUUUACCCCUUAUCAUACUCUGCUCCUCUCAGAUAUCUUUCGCCUUCCUGCCCUGGACCUGCACUGCUGUUUUUCUUCCCUUCCUUCCCCCUCCAAACUCACCAUAGAACCUUAAGGUCAGGGGACUAAAUUCUCCUGGCCACCUGCCUAGUGUGCCUUUCUUAAGCAGUGAUAUUCAGCCUUGGCUAGAAUUAUGUAUUCAGGUGCUCUCUCUUCUAGAUUGUGAGUUCCUUGAGAGCGUGGCUGUCUUAAUCCUCCAUAGUCCCUACAGUGCCCAGCACAAGGUGGGCAUUGUUAGUGUUUGAUGAACACAGGAAUGAGUGAGCUCACUGAUUGCAUCUGCCCACCAUGCAAGGGCAGCUGUGAAGAAUGUCAGGAGGUGACCCUAGCCAUCUGUCACAUUUUAACAGUUCAUUAAGUCCUUUAAAAUUACCUAUUUCAUUGGUUAAUCCUUAAAGUAGCCUAGUGGCAGCUGUUCUUGUCCUCUUUUUACAGGUGGAGAAACCAACAUUUAGCAAGAUUAAGUGACUGGCCUAUGGCUACAAGCCAGUACACAGCUGAGCCAGGAUAAAAGAAUUUGCCCUUUCCCCCGUAGGCAUAGUAGGCACAGUAGAUGUAGAUUGGCUGGAGCAGGCUCUUCAUUCUCCUGCUGUCAUUCAGCACAGCCUGGCUCUCCCCCAUGGGGGCCCAGCCGUGCUAGACUGGGUGGCACAUGCUGCGCUUUUACAUCUCAUCUUCAAGAAUGAAUGCAUGGAUUGGGUGGUACCUACACUUUGCCUUUCCCAUGAGCUUUUCAACUACAAGUGUUCUAUUUCAUCUUUAGAAGGUUUGCCUCAGAAAUCCAAGGGCCCAGGAGGGCUCCCAGGGUUGUCCAAGCUUAUGCAACAAGUCUGGAACAGAAUCUUUAAGGGUCUGGAUUUGGAAGAGCCAUUGUUGGGUGAGGGCAGCCUCUUGGACUGGUUUUCUCCCCUGUGAAAUUGCGGGUUGUUCCACAGGAAGGGAACUCUGGUGUUCCUUGAGAUGGCCUGAUAUGAAGGAAUCACGCCUCCCACCUCCCCAAGCCGCCUUGUCCUUCAAGUGCAGGAGCUGGUUGACAUGUCGGGAAUGGAAGCCAAUGUGACCAUCCCAAUCUGGCAAAACAAACCUCAUGGGGCUGCUCGAAGUGUAGUGAGAAGAAUUGGGACCAACCUGCCCCUGAAGCCAUGUCCCCGGGCAUCCUUUGAGACCCUCCCCAACAUCUCUGAUCUGUGUCUGAGGGAUGUGCCCCCGGUCCCUACUCUGGCCGACAUUGCCUGGAUUGCUGCAGAUGAAGAGGAGACAUAUGCCCGGGUCAGGAGUGAUACCCGCCCUCUGAGGCACACCUGGAAGCCCAGCCCUCUGAUUGUCAUGCAGCGCAAUGCUUCAGUGCCCAACCUGCGAGGGUCCGAGGAGAGGCUCCUGGCCUUGAAGAAGCCAGCCCUGCCAGCCCUGAGCCGCACCACAGAGCUGCAGGAUGAGCUGAGCCACCUGCGCAGCCAGAUUGCUAAGAUAGUGGCAGCUGAUACAGCUUCGGCUUCAUUAACGCCAGAUUUCUUAUCUCCAGGAAGUUCAAAUGUCUCUUCUCCCUUACCUUGUUUUGGAUCCUCAUUCCACUCUACAACUUCCUUUGUCAUUAGUGACAUCACCGAGGAGACCGAGGUAGAGGUCCCCGAGCUUCCAUCAGUCUCCCUGCUUUGUUCUGCCAGCCCUGAAUGUUGCAAACCAGAACACAAAACUACCUGCAGCUCGUCUGAAGAGGAUGACUGCAUCUCUCUGUCCAAGGCCAGCAGCUUUGCAGAUAUGAUGGGGAUCCUGAAGGACUUUCACCGGAUGAAACAGAGCCAGGAUCUGAGCCGGAGUUUAUUGAAGGAGGAGGACCCUGCCAUCCUUAUCUCUGAGGUCCUGAGAAGGAAAUUUGCUCUGAAGGAAGAAGAUAUCAGUAGAAAAGGAAACUGACAGCUCUGCAAACUCAGUCUCAUGCUCCUGGUAUUCCUUCAGUAGCUGCCUUCCUCACCGCAGAUGUUUCUGCCUCUCCAUUAAUGAAGUUUUCUGCAGUGGUCUUGCCGAAAACUAGAGCUUGGACUAAAAGAGCUGGAUUAUAUGUUCCCAUACUUCAAACCUUAGCAAAAGCUAAGACCUGUUUUGAGCUGAGACACUUGCUACAGGUAAAUGUAUAGGUUGGAAUGUUUCAGUCCAAAGGCUGAGCUAGAAGUUUCUGGUUUUUCCUUGCUCCUGUGUGAAAAGAGGUCCUGAAUGACUUACUUCACUGCAUUAGACCCCAUAACUGGUCUCACCGGACACUUUGUGCCCAGCUGUCACUCACUCUCAGCAGCUUCCUUGCAGCAGAGCAGAGCUGAGGGAGCUAUAAAUGUGUAUGUACAUGUUCACAGGGCAGGAAAAAUCUUAUGCUGCUCCAUCACAAAACACCACCCAGCAAUCACCGUCUCCUAUGUCCAACACCUAGAUGUAGAGGUCAGGCCUCUGAACCAGCUGACAUUUGGGCUGCUUCUGGGAGGCCUGGGCUGUUUUUUUCUUAAAUAUAUUUUGUAAUACUGUACAACCAGAUCUACCCUCCAAGGCCCUGGGGCCCCAUUGGUUCCACCGAUUGAACCUUUGGCUCUUCCAUGGACUUUAAGCCCAGUAGGAAAGAGAAAUGGGGAGGGAAAAGAGAAUACCAUCUUCCAAGCCCUUGACUGCUUCUUUGUGUUGGGCCAAGGUCUGUACCCACACCAUGCAUGACUCAGAUGCCCUCAGGUCCCCUUCUCUGCAGUAUGUAUCCUGUGUGUGUUUGGGUUGAAGCACUACCUGACAUUAAAGGAAGGAUUUGGAGAGAGA